CUUCGUAGCUGUUAUCUUGCACUAUACUAUCAAUACUGUGGAGGCCUUCCUGUAUACGAACGAACGAUCUUGCUGAGACCACUAUGCUGAAACCAGCAAUGGGACUCGGAAAUUUACUCCCGCUGCUCUACUUGCCCUUCGCAUUCGCACAGAGCCUCACACAAGGCCUUGAAAGCCCCACAGGAUACGUUCCCUGCGACGCCCUCAUAUCCGCAGGCUUCAGAGAUCGCAUCCUGACCGCGUCAUCACCGGAAUAUGAAUCUCGCAUCCAAUCUUGGUGGUCCGCCAAUACGCGCUAUCACCCUUGGUGUCUCUUCCAACCACAAACAACUCGAGAAGUCUCCCUUGCAAUAAGCACCUUAGCUAAAGCCGGUGAAGGAGCAGGCGACUGGCACAUCGCGAUUCGGAGCGGCGGUCAUGGCUGGCCAGGCUCAAACAACGUUGUCAAAGGCGUCACCAUCGAUCUCGGCCACAUGAACAAUUCCUGGUAUGACGAUGGAAAAAAGGUUGCUAGCCUCGAGCCUGGCGCAAAAUGGAGGGAUAUCUACGCCAAAUUGCUCGAAAAGUACAACAUAACUGUGACCGGUGGCCGAGACGGCGACGUCGGCGUUGGUGGCUUUCUGCUGGGUGGCGGGAUUUCUUACUACACAGGCACAAACGGUUUCGGAUGCGAUGUCGUAGUGAACUACGAGCUCGUGCUCGCGAACGGCACCAUCGCCAAUGCGAACGCCACGCAUAAUGUGAAUCUCUUCAAAGCGCUUAAAGGAGGUGGCCCAAACUUCGGCAUCGUAACACGCUUCGACGUCGAAGCCAUGCCGGCAGUCGAUCUCGCGUAUGGACAGAUACUCACCUCGAUGGAGCACUCGGAUGAUGUCGUGCAGAGUCUGAUUGCAUUCACGGAAAAGGUUGAGGAGCGCCCGCACGACCACAUGUUUGUCCUGUACGAACAUUCCCCUGACAUCAACGGGUCCAUCAUUCUCAGCGUCACCACAAACACCCAGGGAAAUAUGAAUACCACGUCCUUCGACGGCUUCCGCUCGAUCCCCGCGCUCUCUUCCUCUUGGGAGAGUACAUCUCUUGCCGCAGCCGCGAACGCCUCGCAGGUAACGUCUGGGUACAGCUCCGCAAGCGCAACCCUAACCCUCCAUCUCACCCCCUCCCUCCUCGCAUACGCCACAACCCUCCACACCCGCCUAACCACCCGCCUAACACAGCUCCUCGGCCCCACCGCCUUCCUCGCUAGCACAAUUUUCCAGCCCAUGCCUACCCUCUAUUCCACCAUCUCCCCUCAAAAAGGUGGGUCUAUGCUUCCUCCCUUCCGCACCAACAGCAUCAUGUGGACGGGCGGAGUGGGCGUUACGGGAGGCGGCGACGCGGCGCUGGCCAUCGCGGAGGCGGAAUUGCUAUCCACGACCCAGCGACUGGAGGUGAGGGCGAGGGAAGAGGGAGCAUUGGAGCAGUUGGUUUAUCUGAACUAUGCGCAUCCCGGGCAGGAUGCUUUGGGGAGCUAUGGGGCUGAGACAGUUAAGUUUAUGAAGGGUGUUGCGGGGAGCGUUGACCCGGGGGCGUUUUGGCAGGAGAGGGUGCCGGGAGGGUUCAAGCUGGGGAGGGUGGUGUAGGCAAGGAAAGGGCCGGAGGAAUGGUACUUUGGGGUGGUAUUACUUUUGCAUCUUGAGGUGAAAGCGAUGGUAGUGUGCGGAUGGCUCAAGCGUGCAGAUUCUCUUGUACCGGUUGACUGUCUUGUCAUG